AUGGAGGCCACGACGGAGCAGCAGGCAACGCCUGCAGAAACAACAGAGACGGCACCUGCGCCUCCUGUUGUGCGCCGGCGCGGCCGGGGGACGUUCAACCAGCCGCUGCGCGCUGACCAGCCGUCCACCACAGGCACCAUCAGCAACAACAACAAUGUGAACGAUUGCGCAUCGGUGAUCACGACGGUUACAACGGCAGUGCUUCCUGCAGCGGCACUGCCCCCGCAGCGUGCACCGGAGGAGGACCUCGCCGCGGAGUACGGCGGCCAGAAGCGCGACAUUCCGCUGAACAUACGCGAGAACUUCGGCGUCUGCGAGACAGAUCACGAGGCGGACACUGUUCGCCAGCUGCUCUUCCGUGGUGAAAAGCGGCGUCGCUACUGCAUCAUUGUUGGUGAGCUGCAGAAUCCAGCCCGUCCCAUCACGCUCAAGCUGUUUGGCCACAAGGGACUUAAGCCAUUUAAACUGCAGAAUAAACUCAUCCGCCUGGUGAAUAUCAGCGUGGGAAGGCCGCGUGUGCCACGACCAGCGAACGAUGAAGAGGGAGACGAUGCAAAGCACAGCGACAGUGACAGCGACGCGGAGAUUCACGAGGACUACAGUCGCGCCCUGGCAGAGGGUGGUGACAAGGCGAUUCCCCAACAUGAGCAGGAACAGGAUCAGCACGAGGAUCACCAAGGGGAGAUGAAGGACAACCUACAGGAGGCUUUGGAUGCUGUAUCAGGGAUGGCGCCGCCUAUCCACGAGGAUGUUGACGGAUACGCGACCGAGGACGGUCUCCUACCACUCACGGUGGAGAUGCGUGAUUCUAAUGCAACCAACAUUGGACAGCCAUCUUCUGUGGCAAACAGCCCUGUGCUCACCGCAACACGCUUCGACACCCUUCAGAAGUACUUCUUCAGCGAGUUCCAAUUCCUCCUUGGGCUAGAGGACAUUCGUAUGCAGCACGUCUCUAUUUGCCUGAAUCUCGGCGCUGCUUAUUGCUGUCUUGCACGGGAGGGAUCGUACAGCACGCCGCUCAAGUACGCCACCUUUAGCGAGUUCGUGCAGCGCAUGAAUGAGGAGUCGAUGCAGCUGUACUUCCUUAAGGAUGCGCCGACGUGUGUCUCACGCGCGGUGGACAGAGAGUGCGGUGCCCUUCAGUCUGAGGCAACCUUCUCGCUGGUGAAAAUUUGCUUCUUCUCAAACGAGCGGCAGAGUCGCUCCGUCGCGCGUGCGAUGUGGGACGCGCAUGAGAACCGCUUCGUCCUGCUCGACAUGGAGAACUCUGGCGUGACCUUCACGUGGACAGUCUUCUCUGUGGAUGAGACAGGCGCUGACAGCGGCAGUAGCGGUGGCGGCGUCGAUGCCGCUGGCAACCGAGUGAUGCGCAAGAAGACGGUGGCAUUCCCGUUCGAGCUCGAGCUGCACGCGUAUCGCCGCUGGAAGCAGCACACGGAGCACCCCGCCGCUCCCAUUGCGGAGGCGAUUCUCGACAAGCUGUCACUGGCGGAGCACAACUUGAUUCACUACGGCUCCACUGUCGGCUACGAGAGCAUGGAUCUCUCGCACGUAUGCGAGGUGGAUGCGGAGUCGGAGGACUUCAACGUGGAGAGCAUCAUCGUUGAGCACACCUCGCGUGUAAAGCCGCGCGGGACGGACCUCACCGUUGACAGCACAUCGUCGCUGUGGAUCGAGAACUUUGCGGCGGCGCGGGCGCUGAAGGAGCGACUCGCGCAGGGGCUCGUCGAUCGGAACUCGUUCCAGCAGUCGAUGCGGGAUAAGCCACGCAGCCGCGGCCGCGGCCCCCCGCUGCCUCACGCGACAAAGUCGCAGGCGUUGACGCCCGCAUCACGACUGACGUUCUUCCGCUCGCGCGGCAGCACGGUUCACUGGAAGCUGCGCCCUGGCUGCAGCAUAGAGGAGAACCUGGCGCCUCUGAGCGAGGCCCUCCGCUUCGCGCAGCAGGUGAUCAACACCGCCAAUGAAAUCGAGCGGACAUCGGUGCGUGGCGGAGCUGCCCCUGACGCCCUGUAG